AUGUGGCGACGAACAUACUUACUGUUACUGCUGAUUCGCGUGUACUUCGCGUUGUCACCCAGCUAUCUACAUCCCGAUGAGAACUUCCAGGGCCCAGAGCUCUUUGCAGGUCGCAUUUUCUCCUUUCCCUCAAAGCUCCCAUGGGAAUUCACCGUUGAGCAUCCUAUCCGCAGCUUAUUUCCAUUAUGGGCAGUCUACGAGCUGCCGAUGAGCCUGUUGAAGUGGUUCUACACGGAGGUCGGGUCAGGGAGCGCCCCACCCCACUUGGUAUACUAUGUGCUACGCAGUGGAAUGUUUCUGUUAAGUUUUGUGUUGGAAGACUGGGCGAUCUAUGAACUAGUACCUUCUCCGCGCCAUCGGCGCGCGACGGUAGUGUUGGUGGCUUCCUCCUAUGUCACCUGGACAUAUCAGACGCACACCUUCUCCAACAGCCUCGAGACCCUGUUGGUCGCUUGGGGCCUGGUUCUGAUUCGACGCAUUGUCGAGAAUAAGCGAUACUCGUCCUUCUUUUCCAACACUGUGCUCGCCUUCAUCGCAGUGCUAGGCGUCUUCAAUCGCAUCACCUUCCCAGCCUUUUUGCUUCUCCCAGGCCUGCAAUUGCUGCCUCAGUUCCAGCGCAAGUGCGUCAAUCUCCAUCCUGUUUUCUACACGGACACAGCCUUCUACCGGCCAACCGCAUCCCUCCUUGAGAUCCUCCGCGACCCUAUCAUAACCCCUCUCAACAACCUACUCUAUAACACCGAUACCUCCAACCUAGCCCAGCACGGCCUCCACCCGCACCACCAACACUUUACCGCGAAUUUAUUCCAACUCCUCGGUCCAGCAUACAUUGCCAUGCUAGUAUCACUCGUCCAGAGGCCCAUGGUGCCAUCCUGGAUGCGCAAUAUGCGCGCCCUGUCCGCCCUCUCUGCAACAAUGCUCCUCUCCCUCUUCCCUCACCAAGAACCCCGUUUCCUCCUCCCAGCUGUCCCUCUCCUACUCAGCUGCGUGCCCCUGCGCCGUUCUCGCCUCCUCAUCGGGACAUGGGUCCUCUUCAACGCAGCCAUGGGCUUCCUCAUGGGCGUAUACCACCAAGGCGGCGUCGUCCCCACCCAGCUAGCAAUGCGCGAUAUACACAACCCAUCAUAUCCCCCCGCAACAGUCUUCUGGUGGAAGACAUACUCCCCACCACUUUGGCUUCUCGGCGGAGACAAUCAGUCCACCGAGAUCGAAACCCAGGAUCUAAUGGGUAUUCCAGGAGUGGAGCUGGUCCGACGUCUGGAACAGGUCGUACCAAGGUGCUCAUAUCCCUCAUCUAUAUUCCUAGUCGCACCCACAUCGGCCGACUUCCUCGACCAGUAUGCUCUAUCUGCGACCAAUCUCCAGAAACAGAGCUUACAACUGCAUCCGCUCUGGUCAUAUCGGAAACACCUCAGCCUGGACGACAUGGACUUCGCCGAAGACGGGAUCUUCUCAACUCUGAAACGAGUUAUAGGACGUCGCGGAUUGGGCGUUUGGUCUGUUCGACGCUCUUGCAUAUAA